AUGCAGGAAAUCGAGAAAUGCUGCAAGCUGGCCGGGCCCAUCGAUAUUCUUAUCAACAACGUCUGUGUUCAGUUGGAGGCUCCCUGUCAUGAGCAUAGCCUGGAAGAUUGGAACAAGACCUUGGCAAUCGGGCUGACAUCUUACUUCCUGUUCUCCAAGCACUGCCUGCCGCAUAUGCUGGAGAAAGCACAUGGCGCCAUUGUCAAUAUCGCAUCUGUCCAAGGGACGCAAUCUCAGCCUCGGGUUCCAGCUUAUGCAGCGGUGAAAGGGGGCGUCCUCUCACUUACACGGCAGCUUGGAGUUGAGUAUGCAUCCAAAGGCAUCCGGGUGAACUCCGUGAGCCCUGGAACCAUUGCUACACCACUGGUGGAAGGCAUUCUGCAGCGAGCUGGCUCUUCACGGGAGGUGGCAGGGCGGGCCUAUCCUAUGAAGAGGAUUGGAGAGCCCAGCGAGGUGUCCAAAGUUGUCCUAUUCCUCGCAUCCGAUGAUGCCAGCUUCGUGACGGCGGAGAAUAUCACUGUGGAUGGUGGCAUCAUGGGCCUAGGGGGCUGGGCCACUUUUGUCUGA